AUGGGGAGAAGAAAGAUCGAAAUCAAGAAAAUCCAAAACAAAGCCUACCUAAAGGCCACCUUUUCGAAGCGGCGAAAGGGUUUGUUCGGAAAAGCUCGUGAGCUUUGUGAUAUGUGUGGUGCCGAAAUCGCCAUUCUUACUGUCUCACCGGGUGGAAGAUUCUACAAUUUUGGCCGUCCUAACGUUGAAUCCGUCAUAGCUCGCUAUUGUGGUGAUGAGAGUUCAAUUACAGUUGAUGAAAAUCAUGAUGAUUGUGUUAUUAGUCAUGAAGAUGAUGAUGAAGAUCUAGAAGGCGAGCAACAGAGGGAGUUAGAGGUUAGUACCGAUGAGGUCGAGGAUGAGGAUGAUAUAGGCUCAUCCCACAAGGCCCGCGAGGAGAAGGAGAUUAUUAAUCGUAUCAAGGAGAUGAAUCUUAUUGAGCAUAUUAAUAGAGAAAGAGAUGGGAGGAUGAGGCUUCAGAAGUUUUGGUGGGAUGAGGAGAAGCCUAUUGAUCCAGAACAACUUGAGAUGUAUUAUCAUAGCCUAACACAACUGAGAAACAAUGUAGUUUCGGUGUUGAAUGAUAGGAAGAUGAGAGAAUUGUACGCAAAGGAUUAUCUAAGUAUGAUUUAA